AUGGACAACUCGCGAAAGACGGCCAAACGACGCGACUUCCUGCUGCAGGAGCUAUCAAACGUCCUUCACCUCAAGUUCCUGAAGUUGCUGGAGUGCGUCAAACGAUGGCUCCAGUGCGGCAAAGCAGAAAAGUACUUCAAGCGUGUCCCAAACACUUACGAUCACUUGGGCAGCGAAGUUGUAGUCGUCAAGGAUCGAGUAAUUGACAGCAAGAAUCGCAAGAUAUACUACGGUAUGCAGCUUUGCAAGCCAGGAUUGACUCAUAGACACGCCGGCUUCUGGCUCAGGAAGCUGGCCCCAUACUACAAGAACAAAGUCCCAGGAGUUGCGACCAUGGUCCCAGAGGGCGUUGAGUUCUCAGAGUUCCACACGAGCAUCAACUUCUCUAACCUCAAUCUGCUCGUGAGCUUCAUCUCUGAUCUGGACAAACAACUGUGCCUCCCGCCCGUGAGCGAUACGAAAGGGCAGCUGUACAUUUCACGCGUCAAGGAGCUGGAGGUCGAGCUCGCCACCGUCAAGAGGAACCUGGACCUCCGCAGGAUCGCGCCCGACAUUGACCGGCUAGCUGAGCCUCUCGUCACUUCCGCGGCAAAGGACAAGGUCGCCAAUGCGAUUGAGGAGAAGCUGGGCACCUCUCUUGCAAACCGCUACUGGAACCUGGUACAGAGCUGUGUCGACAACUUUCCGGAUCUCGGACACUACGAGAACAGCAGAGUCAACUUUGACGUCUGCUUCCCGAAGUCGUGUCAAUGUGAGUCGGAGAAGUCGGCUGAGCCUGCCAAGAAGAAGAAGAGAAAGCCGAAAAAGAAGAAGCCGGAGAAAGUCGUAGAGGAGUCUGAUGUCCUGCCGGAGCUUGAGGAGGGUCACGAUGCCUGGGUCAACGAUCUGAAUACCCCGUGGCUGUCAAAGCCUGAUGGGGAUUCUUCGUGGGAUGAGCUCGCGACUUCCGUGACCGGAUCGCUCUCCUUGAAUGAGCCUGAGCUCGAUCUUCCCGGCGACGAUGUCUCCUUCAACGCUUCGCAGGACCCGGGCGACUAUGAGUCUGUACUUGCUGACGCUGAGCCGCAGGCUUCUGAUCCCUGGGCCAACUACCCCGAGGCCUCAGGCAGGGUUUCUGGUGCUGUAACUACGCCAACCGAGGCUAGCUUCGGCAAAUCUCUUCACGAAGAUGAUCAAGAGCAUGAGGAGCAUAAUGGAGAUGAUGACGAGCAGUAUGAGAACCAGCGUCCUGACGAGGACGAACAGGAGAUCGUGGAAGGCCCCCGCAACCAAGACGCCAGCCUCCUCGACAAACCCGACACAGAAGACGGACCCUCGACUCCUCCCCAAGAAGUCAUCUACGUCAGCUCCCGGACAGCAACCGUCAUGGCAACAAUGUUCGAUAAGUCCGUCCACCAGGGAUCCCUCACCUGGCCCGAGUUCAUAGCCGCCAUGGUUGAAGUAGGCUUCACCGCCGACAAGAAAAAGGGCUCCGCAAUCGCCUUCGUACCCUUGCCGCGGGAAGACGGCACUUCGAGAUGGAAGCAGUCGAUUCAGUUCCACAUCACGCACGGCAGCGCGUCGUCGAGGGUCGAGGGGUACCGGUCGCGUAAGAUGGCCCAUCGGUUGACGAAGGCUUUUGGAUGGAAUGCGAAGACGUUCCAGAUUGCUUGA